AUGGCACGAAUUCGCAUACCCACCAGAGCCGAGAUGACGGCCCCGUUCCAGUCCAGAGCAGCCUUCAAGCAAUGGGCCAAGGCGUCCGAGGCGCCCGAGGGACGGGCCCGGAUCGGCGACUCGAGAUGGUCCAACAAAGACCUCGAGCCGACGCCGCCGGAGCAGAGGACCUGGACGUGGUACAACCUGCCGCUGUACUGGUUCUCCAACAUGUUUGGCACGACGGGGUGGAACGUCGCGUCUUCGCUGAUUGCCGUCGGCCUGACCUGGCAACAAGCCUUCGUGUCGUGUGUGCUCGGCGCGCUCAUCUCCGCCAUCAUCGUGACGGGCAUGGCGAGACCUGGCGUCAUGUACCAUCUCGGAUACCCCGUCCUCGCGCGGUCGGUGAUGGGCAUGUACGGCUCGUACUUCUUCGUCUUCAUCCGGGCCGUCGUCUGCAUCAUCUGGUACGGCAUCCAGACGUACUACGGCGCAAACCUGCUUUCCGUGUGUUUCCGCUGCGUCUUCGGGAACAGCUGGAACAACUGGGCCAACGCGCUGCCCGCCGGCGCCGACGUGACGUCCAAGCAGCUACUGGCCUUUUUUCUCCUCUGGCUGAUCGAGUUCCCUUUUACUUGGAUACACCCGACCCACAUCCACUACAUCUUCACCAUCAAGGGCAUCGUCAUGCCGUUCGCCUGCUUCGGCCUCUUCGGCUGGUGCAUGGCACACGGGACCGGCAUCUCGAACAUCAACGCGGCCUCAGCUGCCGGUGCGGCGGCGGCUGCCAAGACGCCGGUCGGAUGGGCCGUGAUGAGCGGCGUCAACGUCAUCAUGGGCUCCCUCUCGCCCAUGCUCGUCAACCAGCCCGACCUGGCGCGGUACUGCAAGCGGCCCCGGGACGCCGGCUGGCUCCAGGGCGCCUGCGUCUUUUUCGCCAAGAUCCUCGUCUUCUUCCUCGGUCUGGCGUCGACCACGUCGCUGCAGGGCGCCUGGGGCGAGGCGUACUGGAACCUCUGGGACAUGCUCGACGCCAUCCUCGACCGGCACUGGACGGCCGCCGGGCGUACGGGCGUCUUCCUGGUCUCCCUCAGCUUCAUCCUCAGCGUGCUGGCGACCAACUUCGGCGCCAACUCGCUGCCCUUCGGCGCCGACAUGACGGGCCUGUUCCCCAAGUACCUGACAAUCCGCCGGGGCCAGAUCGUCUGCGCCGUCCUCGGGGUCGUCGUGUUGCCGUGGAAGCUGAUCGCCAACGCGUCCGCGUUCCUGUCCUUCUUGGGGAGCUACAACAUCUUCAUGGCCCCCCUUUGCGCCAUCAUCAUGUCGGAUUACAUCGUCGGUCGCAGAGGCAACAUCCACGUCCCGUCGCUGUACAACGGCUCAAAGGACGGCCUGUACUGGUUCAAAUCUGGCGUCAACUGGGUGGGUGUGUUCGCCUGGAUCGGGGGCACGGCGAUGGGGUUGCCCGGCCUCGUAGGGGAGUAUCAGCCCCAGAGCGUCAGCCAGCCGGCCAAGUACAUGUACAUGAUGGGCUGGGUGUUGACGUUCUUCACGUCGGCCAUUCUGUACAUCGUUCUCAUCCAGUUCUUCAAGGUCAAAGUGUACCCUCCAGGGUAUGAGAACGAGCCGAUGGGUUAUGAAUGGCUGGCCAAGGAGGGACGCGACGGCUUCUUCGAGGGCGAGAGGGAGGGAGAGAUCUACGCGCCGCCGUCCCCGCGGAUCGCGGACGGCGAGGAGAUGCGAUUGGGGGAGAAGGGGCACAAGAUGGAGGCUUGA